AGGAUAAUAACGGGUGCAGGUGGCUGGAUAUUCUGUUAAUGAUUGAAAAAUAGCAGUGCGUUUAAUUGACGAUAAAACUGAAAACACAACUCAAGUGAUUUGCACAAUGUGUGAAAAUAGCACGUCCCGUAAUCUCCUGACAAAACUAUCGACGCAAUCGUUGUUCAUUCGCAGUGCGCGCAAGGAAGCCGACGACCAACUUGGGCCAGUAUCGGAACUAAGACAUUCUCUGCCAGGUUUAAGGGGAUUUCGGGCCACGACCAGAGCUCAAGUAGAUUAGGACGCACACGUGUGGGAGAGAGAAGAGGUGCACACCAGGGAUGCUUCUUGAUAGUCUUCUUCUUUAAGUCAAUGGUCAUUACAUUUGUUAAGAUCACCUCCUGUGGCUCUCUGUUCUUUUCUUGGUUACAGGCAGCCAGUUUACUCCAUUGUCAUUUGAAUUGGCCAACGGUAUAUUAAGAAAUUCGAUUGCGGUCACCAUUAUUUAAUGAUACACCACAGGGAAGUUUUACACGGAUGUAUUGGAGCGGAGACAAGCUGAUUCGAGGACUUGAGAAGUGAGAGAUUUCAAGGGGGACAGUCAGGAUAUAGUCAGCGAUGGGAAGUGGAUGUAGGAUACCAAGUAUCCGUGGACUAUGUUGGGCGUGUCUGGUGAUGUUACAGUGUUUAGACGUGACUCUAGGAGUGGUGCUAUACUCAACUCGCCGCGAUGAUCCGCUGGAAAGUGAGGCGAUGAACAGACUCUCUCAAGUAUUCGGCAUGGAGAAGCCGCCCAUUAAGUUCCAUCACAGAGCACCGCCACAAUACAUGGUCGAACUGUUUAACUCUAUUACUGAUGACAGCGGGAUUACUAAAACUAAGGGUCCAUUUGAUGCUGAUGUAGUAAGAGGGUUCCCUGAUAGAGCAAGAAGACAGCAAAUGCAUUUUUAUUACAACGUAUCCUACAUUAAAAAUACUGAGAAAAUCUUAGAAGCAGAGUUCCAUUUAUUCAAAAUGCGUCCUCGGCAUUCCGACCAAAUGUGGAAGAAUUUAAGUUUGAAGGAUAGGCGGUCACUUCACAUUAUAGAGAUUCGGAUCUACCAGGUGAAGGACCCGUACAACAUGUAUCCUCCACAAGGCUUGAAGUUACUCGACUCUCGCCGAAUAGGGACGCACUCUCACGGGUGGGAGGUAUUCUCCGUCAAGCCUGCAAUAGACGACUGGGUGAAUGAUAGCUCAACGAAUUACGGUUUCCUUGUGACGGCAACCACAUUAUCGGGUUUCCCUGUAAAUGGAACCUUGGUGCGGUUCGCCCAGAGGUUUGAGCAUCAUGACAGUAAGCAGCCCGUGCUGGUCGCCUUCACUGAUGAUGGCAGAAGGACACAGCAUAGGAACUAUAUUAACCCUGCGGAUAACGAUUUCGUUAGACUAGAUUACGAAUAUCGGACUAAAGACCCGAACAGGCACCGAAACAUGUAUAACCAUCAGUAUGCUCAUAGGAUAAAGAUGUUAAACGAACGAUACAGAACAGAAUAUGAACAGCGGCUCCGUGAACUACAAGAGCAGCCACAAGCUGCACCAAGGGACCAAACGCAUUCGAGGUCAAGGUCAAAGCGAUCCGCGGAUUACUACAAGUUCAGACGUCACAGGAAGCAGGUCUGUGCGCGUCAGGAAAUGUACGUGGACUUUGAGAAAAUUGGUUGGUCUGGGUGGAUUAUUUCACCGAAAGGUUACAAUGCUUACCACUGCAAGGGCGAAUGUCCCUUCCCUCUUGGACAGAAUCAGAAGCCAACGAACCACGCCACAGUGCAGAGUAUUGUGCACGCGUUACGGAUUGGCACUGACAUUACGACGCCGUGCUGCGUCCCAAAUAAACUUUAUUCAAUAAGCUUGUUGUAUUUCGAUGAUGACGAGAAUGUUAUAUUAAAACAAUAUGACGAAAUGGUUGCUGCUAGCUGCGGGUGCCAUUGAUCGAAGGGAAUGAAGUGUUGGGAAGAAAUGAUGAAGAAGAUACGUGCCAGGUCUGGCCCUUUCGUAGGUCCUACUCGUCACGACGGCACGACGGAGCUAGUGGUCCUCUCACAGGAUACUAAUACAUUUGAAUAAAAACCUUCGUCAGUUCAUGUCGCCUCUCGAAGACAGUUGACAGGCAGAGAGUGUUGUGUACGCACUAUCACCUAGAAUGCAGUUGACUGAAAGCUUGCGCCAUAGAAGUGACAACUGUAUCGAUUGAUUGACAAUGGAUGGAAACUAGUUGUGACAUAUGAUUUCUAAUUCUUCGGUGUCAUGUAUACUAUUAUGUACGAGAGCAUUUCCGUUUUAGAUGCCAGUUUUUGUUUAUCUCAAGAUAUGAACAUACCGUUUCGACCAUGUCACCUCACGAAGGUCGCCUGUCGCUUCGUUUAACCAGAGUCUUUCAGUAAUAUUAUGACUGAAAGACUCUUGUUUAACAGAUAAUUUGGUCCACUGCUUCAUAAGUUUCAACAACUUCCAGGCCUGAAGUGUGGAAGUUAUUAAAUGUCGGUGUCAAUGACAAUAUCUGAGCAGUCAGGCCAAACUCCAACAGAGGAAAUCCACUGAAUUGUCGUGUAAUCCAGAAUUCGGAUACCCAAAUCUCAGAAAAUAUCCGUACCGUUUUGCUGGCGAGUUGCUGGCCAACUAUCAUUCAUUCUAUUCAAUUUCUCUCUUGGUCACAAGUGAUAGAUAUGGUCAAAAUGGCAUCAGCCCUCUACAUUUUGUAGAAUUAAGAAAUUUAAUGACUUCGACAUCUUUUGUUCUGAGCAGAUAUCUUUCAUUCUCUUCUGUGCCCUAUUAUGUAACGUGGAGUGGCGUUUGUAGUCUGGGUUUGCAGUGGGUCGAUCAUCAAAAGUUAGUACAUGUAUUAUACAUGAACAGUUUUGGGGACACGUCGAAAUGUUGUACAAUAUGGAAGGAUAGGAUUUUAUGAACGACGUGCUGUAGAUAUAUGUAUGUAAAUGCUUUUGGUGUAAACAUUAAAUGUAAAAUGAUGAGGAAAUACAA